AGUAUCCCAAGAUGCCCCGUGUCGUUUCCCUCCUUGCCGUCUCGUUGACCGUUAGUGUUGUCAUGAAAGUGAUAGAUGCACAGUUAGGUUGUGAAGUUUCCAAAUUAAAGUGUACCACAGACUACACCAAAGCGACAUCAUCGAUAUUUAUAGCCAAGGACAAAUCAUGCAAAGCUGCCAAUGAUUAUCUUGCAUGUCUGGAAACCGCUGCAAAGGAUUGUGGUGGUGACGCCGAUACUAUAGUAGAGCCCGCUAAAAAUGCCUUGUCAUUGAGAGGAUGUUCCAGAUCUGGUGCACCUGUCCUCAGUCUUCUAACCAUUGUUUUUGGAGUCGUCAUUUCGCGAUAUUUUUAAAACAAAUUAUAAUAAAAAAGAAAACAAAGCUAAAAAUAGAAAGAACUCAAAACUUCAUUUUAUAAAACAAAUAAGAAUACAUGUACUAAUUUUCUUUCCCAAACUUCAUGACUGUAAGUCCGAAAGUAAAGAUUCCUGAAUAUUUGACCGUGCACUAUUUUCAUUUAUAAUUGACAACUUUUUUUUGGACCUUCUAUAAUACAGUACUAGAGGUAGACACAUGCUUUUUUCAAUGGUUUUUCUUCGAUCAUUAAAGAUUUUUCAAAUAUC